AUGCCGGCCAAGGGACGUUACUUUCUCAACGAGGGCGAAGAGGGCCCGGACCGGGACGCCCUGUACGAGAAGUACCGCCUCACCAGCCAGCACGGCCCGCUGCUGCUCACGCUGCUGCUGGUGGCCAUCGCGGCCUGCGUCGCCCUCAUCAUCGCCGCCUUCAGCUACGGGGGCCCGUCCGGACAGCAGGCUGUCCUGGGGACCGCAUUCCUGACGCUGGCCGUGUUUGCGGUGCUGGCCCUGCUGGUGUGCAUGGAGUGCCUCAGCCGCCGGUGGCUCUGGGCCUCCGCGCUGCUCACCUGGGCCUGCCUCGUGGCGCUGGGCUACGUGCUGGUGUUUGAUGCGUGGAGGAAUGGGACUUGUGCGUGGGAGCAGGUGCCCUUCUUCCUGUUCGUGGUCUUCGUGGCCUACACGCUGCUGCCCUUCGGCAUGCAGGGGGCCAUGGUGGCGGGCCUCGUCUCCAGCGCCUCCCACCUGCUGGUGCUGGGCGUUCUGAUGAAGGUCUUCUCGUCCCCCAGCGUCGGGGUGGGGCUGCAGCUGCUGACCAAUGCCAUCAUCUUCCUGUGCGGGAACCUCACGGGUGCCUUCCACAAGCACCAGAUGCAGGACGCCUCCCGCGACCUCUUCACCUACACUGUAAAGUGCAUCCAGAUCCGGCGGAAGCUGCGCAUCGAGAAGCGCCAGCAGGAGAACCUGCUGCUGUCGGUGCUGCCGGCCCACAUCUCCAUGGGCAUGAAGCUGACCAUCAUCGAGCGGCUCAAGGAGUGCGGGGACCGCCGCUACUUGCCUGACAACAACUUCCACAGCCUCUACGUCAAGCGGCACCAGAAUGUCAGCAUCCUCUACGCUGACAUUGUGGGCUUCACGCGGCUGGCCAGCGACUGCUCCCCCAAAGAGCUGGUGGUGAUGCUGAAUGAGCUCUUCGGGAAGUUCGACCAGAUUGCCAAGGCCAACGAGUGCAUGCGCAUCAAGAUCCUGGGAGACUGCUACUACUGCGUGUCAGGCUUGCCUGUGUCCCUGCCCACCCACGCCCGGAACUGCGUGAAGAUGGGGCUGGACAUGUGUGAGGCCAUUAAGCAGGUGCGGGAGGCCACGGGCGUGGACAUCAGCAUGCGUGUGGGCAUCCACUCGGGGAACGUGCUGUGUGGUGUCAUCGGGCUGCGCAAGUGGCAGUACGACGUGUGGUCCCACGACGUGUCCCUCGCCAACAGGAUGGAGGCAGCUGGAGUCCCGGGCCGGGUGCACAUCACAGAGGCAACGCUGAGCCACCUGGACAAGGCCUACGAGGUGGAGGAUGGCCACGGGCAGCAGCGGGACCCCUACCUGAAGGAGAUGAACAUCCGCACCUACCUGGUCAUCGACCCCCGGAGCCAGCAGCCACCCCCGCCCAGCCAGCACCUCCCCAAGCCCAAGGGGGACGCGGCCCUGAAGAUGCGGGCGUCCUUGCGCAUGACCCGCUACCUCGAGUCCUGGGGGGCUGCGCGGCCCUUCGCCCAUCUCAACCACCGAGAGAGCGUGAGCAGCGGCGAGACCCCUGUCCCCAGCGGCCGGAAGAUCAGGGCCAUCCCCCUGCGGCGCCACCGGACCCCCGACAGGAGUGCGUCCCCCAAGGGGCGGUCGGAGGACGACUCGGACGAUGACGAGAUGCUGUCAGCCAUCGAGGGGCUCAGCUCCACGAGGCCCUGCUGCUCUAAGUCCGACGACUUCCACACCUUCGGGUCCAUCUUCCUGGAGAAGGGCUUUGAGCGAGAGUACCGCCUGGCGCCCAUCCCCCGGGUCCGCCACUACUUCGCCUGCGCCAGCCUCGUCUUCGUCUGCAUCCUGUUGGUCCACGUCCUGCUGAUGCCCAGGACGGCGGCCCUGGGGGUGUCCUUUGGGCUGGUGGCCUGCGUGCUGGUGCUGGUGCUGGGCCUGUGCUUUGCCCAUGAGUUCUUGAGGUGCUGCCCCACCUGGGGGACGCUCCCGGCCCUGUCCGAGAGGGUGGAGACCCACCCGCUCCUGCGCUUGUCCCUGGCCAUCCUGACCAUUGGCAGCCUGCUCACCGUCGCCGUUGUCAACCUGCCGCUGCCGCCGCCGCCUUCCCCAGCCCUGGGGCUGCCGGCCGGGAACGAGUCGAGCCCGAGGGGCCUGAGCAGCAGGGACAGGACCCUGUGUGAGCUGCUCCCGUACUACACUUGCAGCUGCAUCCUGGCCUUCGUCGCCUGCUCUGUGUUCCUGCGCGUGAGCCUGGAGCUGAAAGUGGUGCUGCUGACGGUGGCCUUGGUGGCCUACCUGGUGCUCUUCAACGUCUCCCAGUGCGCGCAGUGGGGCUGCUGUAGCUGCGGCCUGGGCAACCUCACCGAGACCAAUGCUACCCUCAGCUCCCCGGCCUGUCAGUGCAGCAGCCUGAAGACCACGAGCAGCUUCUACCUGGUUCUCUUCUACUUCACCCUCCUCACGCUCUCCAGACAGAUCGACUACUACUGCCGCUUGGACUGUCUGUGGAAGAAGAAGUUCAAAAAGGAGCACGAGGAGUUUGAGACCAUGGAGAGCGUGAACCGCCUUCUGCUGGAGAAUGUCCUGCCGGCGCACGUGGCCGCCCACUUCAUCGGGGACAAGCUGAACGAGGACUGGUACCAUCAGUCUUAUGACUGCGUCUGUGUCAUGUUUGCGUCUGUGCCGGAAUUCAAAGUGUUCUACACGGAAUGUGACGUCAACAAGGAGGGGCUCGAGUGCCUGCGCCUGCUCAACGAGAUCAUCGCCGACUUCGAUGAGCUGCUGUUGAAGCCCAAGUUCAGUGGCGUGGAGAAGAUCAAGACAAUCGGCAGCACCUACAUGGCAGCUGCUGGGCUCAGCGGCCCCUCCGGGCAGGAGAACCAGGACCUGGAGCGGCAGCACGCCCACAUCGGCAUCAUGGUGGAGUUCAGCAUCGCCCUGAUGAGCAAGCUGGACGGCAUCAACAGGCACUCCUUCAACUCCUUCCGCCUGCGUGUCGGCAUCAACCACGGGCCUGUGAUCGCCGGCGUGAUCGGGGCGCGGAAGCCUCAGUACGACAUCUGGGGAAACACAGUCAACGUGGCCAGUAGGAUGGAGAGCACUGGGGAGCUCGGCAAGAUCCAGGUGACUGAAGAGACAUGCACCAUUCUCCAGGGACUAGGUUAUUCUUGUGAGUGCCGAGGACUGAUCAACGUCAAAGGCAAAGGGGAACUGAGGACUUACUUCGUCUGCACAGACACUGCCAAGUUUCAAGGGCCUGGGCUGAACUGAGGGCUGGCGGCAGGGCCAGGACUUGCGCGGGCCGACCCCCUCCCCGAGGGCAGGCCGACGGGAAGCCGCAGCCCCUUGCCGGUCACGGCCUUCCACGGGCCUGGCCACCGCUGCCUCCCAGCAGAUGGCUCCGCGUGACUCCCGUGGAUUCGCACGGGAGGACUUCCGGGGAUGCGGGUGCGCGGUCCCAGCUCGAGGCGGCCAGAGCCUCCCCAGGCCCGGGGUGCCAGGCCCUCCGAGCUGCUGGCGUCGGGACGAGGCUCACUGCCGAGGUGCACGCCCUCCUCCGGCCCCUGACCGGACACACCUGUGGGUGCUGGGGCACUAGCUGCAGGAGCGACCCCUUUCCUAGGUGCAGGACUGAGACCAGGAGUAUGUGGGGGGGCUGGGGGGCGCCCUUCGCCCCAGGGGACCAGCUGGGGGUCUGCUUCUUGCCUGGGCGAGCUGGUAAACAGCUGGCGAGGGGGUGUCAGGCCUGCUCAUGGCUUCAGGAGACAGACCACGGAGGACACGCGCUGUUGUUUUCCAUUUCUGCGGUGUGUUUGUUUUAAACGGAUACAUUAUUAACGGAGGUUUUAUCCUUUUUAAUGACUUCUUAGAGGCUAGACAGCUGUCUUCCCUCCAAGCAUAUUCUCUUGCCUUUUAACCACUGGCACAUAAGUAGGACUCCUGUCCCGUGUCAGCUUAUGGGCUUAUCCCAGCUCUGUGGGAUGUGGCUCCAAGCAAGACGGCAGGGAGGAGCGUGGCCCUGGCACUAAAUCAGACCACUUUGGGUCCCAUAUUUUGAGAUAAGGUUCAAUAAACAA